AUGAAGCUUACAAGUUCAAUCGCUGUUUGUCCAGCGCUGGCCAUGGCGCGCAACCUCACUAUCUACAGAGAUGACCCCCUGGCUCCAACUCCACUACCGCCAUCCCAUGCAGCAUCUGACGGACCAGAUAUAAUCUACGCUUUCCAGAAACUAAGCCGCUCUACAACAUGGAAGAGUAUCAAAAACAUCACUUUUCAAGGAGACACUUUUGAGCCAGAGGGUAUCGUGCGACUUAGCGAUGAUCGAUAUAUGGUUAGUUCAGGACAUUGGACAGAGCCAACGAAAAAGUAUGGAAAGAUUAUCAACGGGACAGACAGAACCGCUGGUGCAGGAUUGGCACAUUUGAUGGUCUACAAUGGAAAAGGGGAGAUGAUUGCCGAUGCUACUAUUACGAAAGAAGGAGACGAUGAGUAUCAUAAUGGAGGGAUUGACUAUGAUGGUCAGUAUAUCUGGGGAACUAUUGCACAGUAUCGUCCCAACAGCACUGCGUAUGUAUAUCGGAUAGACCCAGAGACACUUGUUCCGGAGCGCGUCCUCAACUACAACGAUCAUCUCGGCGGUAUCGUCCAUGAUACUCGCGCCAAUCUCAUCACAGCUCUCAACUGGGGUUCACGAACAGCAUCGACAUGGAAUCUCCGAACCGCCAAAACAGGCUGCGACGAAUCCCCUACCCCAAAAAAGGUUGUACAAAAUCCCAGCCACUUUAUCGACUACCAAGACUGCAAAUGGUUGGGGUAUAGCGGUUUUUAUAACGGCAAGAGUGUCAUGCUCUGCUCAGGAGUGGCGACUGUCAGCGGGUAUAAUCUUGGUGGUAUUUCGUUGGUGGAUGUCAAUACUAUGAUUCCUCUCGCUGAAGUGCCGAUUGAUAUGGAUAGUGAAUUGGGAGUCAGGGUGACGCAGAAUCCGAUGGAUGUUGGUUUGGAGGAUGGGAAGUUGAGGCUUUAUUUAUUGCCAGAUCAACAUAAUAGUACGUUGUAUAUUUAUGAAACGCAGACAUAG